AUGUCUAAAGUACUCAUACGGAGACUCGCUACCUCCUCCAGCAGUCUUUCUAAGCAGCUUGACACGGCAAAGUUUGUGAAAAAAGCGUCUUUUGACCGAAAUUUCCCAAACGAAAGAAGACAAAGGGCCUGGGAAAAGACCGGGGAAGAUAAAGAGACCUUCUUCAAGAGAAAGUACGCCCAUGUUCAUGCCAGGCAAUUGAAAGAUAGAGAUCUCUUACAGGAAUAUAAGACAAAGCACGACAAGAAGCAGCUUUAUAGAGAAGAACUGAAACAUAUUAGAAGAGAAAGAAAGUAUCAAAGAGCAGAAUCCAAUCGUUACGUCCAAAGUUUCCAUAACCCUUUAACAGAGUUUGUCUACGGUACCUCUGCGGUGCUCGCGGCCUUGACAUCUGGGAAAAGGCAAUCAUAUACCAGACUAUUAUUACAGGGAAGUAAUUCCAGUGAUGAUCAGCUCGUGAAAUUGGCUAAACAAAAUGGUAUUUUAAUUGAACAAAUGGACAAGCAUCAUAUGAACUUAUUGAGUAACUACAACCCGCAUAACGGUGUCAUAUUGGAAGCCCGGCCAAUAAUAUUAAACAGUAUCAAGAAAUUGGGGAUAGUGAGCUCAGAAAAUCAAACAGAAUACGAUGUGUACCAAGAGGAUUUGGGAGUGGUCGAACAAAUAACGUUACCGGUGAUUAGGGAGUCGGAAAUUGAAGACAGUGACGGGGUUUGCAAUCCGUUUGGGGUACUUAUCGAUGAAGUCACUGAUCCUCACAAUCUUGGGGCGAUCAUUAGAUCAGCUUACUAUUUAGGGGCCGACUUUGUGGUGGUGACCGCCAAGAACUGUGCUCCUCUAAAUUCGGUGGUUGCCAAAGCUUCAUCGGGUGCCCUUGAAUUGAUGAACAUCUAUUCAGCAGACAACCCAAUGAAAUUCAUCCAGGAAAGUCAAAGCAAUGGCUGGAAGUUUGUCAGUGCAGGGGUUUCCAAAACCCAAGAUUCCAAGAAUGUUGGAAUGGACAGUUUGAAAGACUUACUUGUUGCUGAACCAUGCGUGAUGAUUUUGGGGUCGGAAGGGAAAGGUAUUAGAAAGAACUUGGUCAAUCUUAGUGAUUUUUACGUAAAGUUGGAGUCUUACAGAAGUGAUAUCAAUAAUGGUAAGUCGGUAGUGGACUCGUUAAAUGUCAGUGUUGCUGCAGCCUUGUUGAUGGACAAGUUUUUCCGGUGA